GUUUUAUCAAAUACCGACCCCAACCCAGAGCGAUCGGGACUCCCCCUUCCGCCUCUAAAAAAUUGAUCGCGAUCUCAAAAAUCUUCCUCUUCAACUCGAUCUCGAGCUCUCCUUUCAAGCUCGAGCUCGACCUCUGGCCUACGAUCUCCUCUUUCUCGAGCUCGAGCUCCACCUUCGAUCACCUCUGGCCUCCGAUCUUCUGUCCUUCGAUCUCCACUUCUCGAUCUCCGAUCUCGUCUCCUGCCCCCCGAUCUCCACUUAUCUCCGAUCCCCAAUCCUCAGAUCAAGAGAAGGAUAACUAUUCUGACUGAAAAUGGACGCAAAGAACUCCGCUAAUAUGUUCAAACAUCUGGAGAAGCAAAGUGAAGUCCUCAUGGAAUCAUAUAGAGCCAUGUCGCAUGAACUGCAUAGACUUCAGGUAGAGGAAGAGAUGCUUAUGCAAAAACUUUAUGAGGUCAUGUCUGCUGAAGGCCUGCUAAAAAAGUUAUGUGAAUCCAGAAGUUCAGGCUAUUGCCAUGUCAAGCUUUUCCUAGCAAAUGGGAUUGGCUAUGGAGCACUUCUCUUUAAUAUGAAACAUGUCUACCUAAGAAUGCAGGCAAACAUGUAGGACCUGUUGUCAACCCUUAUUAUAGACCAUAUUUUUGUUCGGGACAACAAUAUAGGAUUGGGCUCAAUCUCAGUUGUCAGCAGAAAGCCUUUGCUGAAUUAUCUGAAGAAGGACAAACAAAAGGAUUCACGCCACGUUGAUAUGAAGGAGAAAGACAAGGAUUCAGAUGAUGAAGAGAAUUUGUCUUCUGAGGAGGAAUUUAGCGCGGCACCUGGACUAUAAAUGCCCAACCUGAAACCUAACUGUUCACAGAUUUGCGAAUGCUGACAUCUUUCUACCGUCUUCAACUUCAUUCUGUGUGAGGAGCUUAUCUCGUGAGGGUCAGAGUCCAUUUCUGAAAAGUUAACAUGUUAGCUCUUCAGCCAUUUGAGGGAGAACAGUCUGUAAGAACAAACGCUUGCUGCUUGCCAUUUUGUUUCUUCAAUUAAAAGCAAAACCUAUUCUUGGCAAAUUGGUGAUACCUCUGUUUGAUCUUUCCUUGGAUUAAGGGGGAAUUGUAUCAUGUAAAAACAAUUUCUCAGGCUACCAUUUUUUUGUAUGCAAUUUGUUCGAGGUCUCUACUUUACCUAAUUGGAUGUGAGUUCAUCACCUCGAAACUCCGAUGUUUUUUGUAAAGGAAGAAACUCAAUAUUUGAAACCAUGCAGUCUAUCUUCAA